CUCACCUUGCGCUACCCUACACCUUCAGUUGAGGGAAUGAUGGUUUUUAGCUGGCUUGGGAGAGACGGCAUCUACCCUCUUGCGUUAGCGGCUCGCAUCUUGUUUAUCGUAUUUGGUGAGUGGCAGGACAAGAGUCUUUCGAUACCGUACACCGAUGUUGACUAUGAGGUCAUCUCGGAUGCGGCCCAACUCGUUGUGGACGGAAGCUCACCCUACGACCGCGCGACCUUCCGCUACUCGCCACUCCUAGCGUACCUCCUGGUUCCGAACGUGUUGCUUCAUAGAUGCUGGGGGAAAUUGCUUUUCAGCGCGGCGGAUCUGGUCGUUGGGAAAUGCCUGCAAUCCAUUCUCACCCGGAACGGUCUGCCGCCAGGGCGUUCGCUUCAGUACGCAUCCCUUUGGCUCUUGAAUCCGUUGUCCAUCAACGUGUCCACCCGAGGCAGCUUCGAUGCACUAACUAGCGCACUGGUUCUAGGGACUACUUCUGCGCUUCUGCAAGGCUCACUGGGCUGGGCUGCUGUUGCAUUUGGUCUCGUGGUGCAUCUCCGUGUCUACCCCAUCAUCUACGCUCCUGCUUUCGCGCUGUAUCUCGCUCGGAGUUCACUGGCGGGCUGGUAUGGCGGUGCUGACCCCACAGGCGUUGUCAAGAGCUCAGCAGUCUGGAUAAAUCUGGUCAGCCGUCGCCCACUGCUGUUCGCUCUUCUCUCGGCAUCGACGUUCUUGGCAUGCACUUCUGCGUGCGCUUGGGCAUACGGCCUGGAUUUCGUUCGCCACGCUCUGCUGUACCACCUGACGAGGACGGACAACAGGCACAACUAUUCGAUAUACUGGUACUGGAUUUACUUGGACUACGGAGCACCGCACCGAUGGUUGCUGGGCCUGGCCGCCUUCAUACCGCAGGCAAUGAUGCUCAUGGUAUCUGCCGCUCUUCUUCACGGCGACCUCGCUUUGUGUGUAUUUGUUCAAACUGCCUUGUUCGUGAUCUUCAACAAAGUGUUCACGGGACAGUAUUUUACGUGGUUCCUGUGCCUGGUGCCGUUGCUAGCACCACGUUUGGCACUCGGAACGAAGAUGACCUUUGUACUGCUAGGAAGCUGGGUGUGUACGCUUUUGUGGUGGCUAUUCGCAGCGUGGAAUGUCGAAAUGCAAGGCCGAAACAUGUAUCUGGCUCUUUGGGUUGGUUCGGUGUCGAUGUUCGCCACGAACGUGGUCGUGUUGAAUGCAUGCUUACAUGCACUAGUCAGAGUAGUUUAA